UGACCUGUUGCUGAGGUGAUCUGAUGAUAUAGGUCUUGCCUUUCAUUUUAACUGCCAUUCUGGCAACUGAACGUUGGCAGUAAACGCAGCUUAGUUGUCUCAGAGGACUCACAAUGGGAUGUGUUUAUAGUUGUUUUCUCGAAGUGUGUUGUGACGAGGAUGAAAUAGUGUAUCCUAGGAUGCCGGGGGAAUCCACCGUCUGCCACCGCGAGCGUGAGAAGAAAAUCACCUAUCACUGGCAUCACUGGCAUCCCGGCCAUAUAUACCCUAGAGUUGAAUCAAUGGAAGAUUACGAUGAGGACCUGGUGCAGGAAGCUUCAUCUGAAGAUGUCCUGGGCGUUCAUACGGUGGACAAAGACACAGAGAGAGACAUUGAGAUGAAACGGCAACUACGGCGACUACGGGAGCUCCACCUAUACAGCAUAUGGAAGAAGUACCAAGAGGCGAUGAAGACAUCCUUGGGAGUUCCACAAUGUGAACAUGACGAAAGCUCAUCACGUGAGCGUCCACCCGAGAUACUCUCGGAGACAUUGCCAGGCUCUGUCAAGAGAAGUGUACGCUUUGCAUCAGAAGAUCAUCUAGAGGAGUUUGUAGCAGAAUAUCUACCUGAAGCAUCCAAUCAGAGUCUCCUCACUGUUGCCCAUGCAGACGCAGGCACCCAAACCAAUGGUGACCUGGAAGACCUGGAGGAGCAUAUGCCAGGGCAGACAGUCUCUGAGGAAGCCACAGGAGUUGACAUGAUGGAGGGGGACCCAGACACACUGGCCGAACUUCUGAUCAGGGAUGUACUUCAGGAGCUGUCCAGUUACAACGGCGAGGAGGAGGACCCAGAGGAGGUGAAGACAUCCUUGGGAGUUCCACAACGUGGUGACCUGGAAGACCUGGAGGAGCAUGUGCCAGAGCAGACAGUCUCUGAGGAAGCCACAGGGGUUCACAUGAUGCAGGUGGACCCAGCCACACCGGCAAAGAAAUUGGAAGACUCCACCAUUACAGGCAGCCACCAGCAGAUGUCAGCAAGUCCUUCCUCUGCACCUCCAGAAGAAGCAACAGAAAAGACCAAAGUGGAAGAGGAAGUGAAAACCAGAAAGCCCAAGAAGAAAACCAGGAAGCCCAGCAAGAAAAGCCGGUGGAAUGUCCUGAAAUGUUGGGACAUUUUUAACAUAUUUUAGAGACCUCUGAAGAUUCCUCGAACACCAGGAAGGGCCCCGAUGUGGGGAUGUCAACAUGGCUCAGACUUGAUGUGGAUCGUGAUCAUUUCGGGAAAUGUGUUACUCCAAAAACUUUUAUAAUCUUUGCUUAAUUUGUUUUUAAAUACUUUCCUGGCUGGGCGUGGUGGCUUAUGCCUGUAAUCCCAGCACUUUGGGAGGCCGAGGCGGGUGGAUCACCUGAGGUCAGGAGUUCAAGACCAGCCUGGCCAGCAAGGUGAAACCCCGUCCCUACUAAAAAUACAAAAAUUAGCUAGGCGUGGUGGCGCACUCUUGUACUCCCAGCUAUUUGGGAGGUUGAGGCUGGAGAAUCACUUGAACUCGGGAGGCGGAGGUUGCAGUGAGCCAAGAUCAUGCCACUGCACCCCAGCACCUGGCGACAGAGCGAGACUUUGUCUCAAAAAAAAAAAGAACAAAAAAAUUCUGACUUUAACCUCUGUUUUUCAGAGGGCACAAAUUGUUCUUGUAUUGUUUCCAUUUUACAUGGGAAGUUAUUUUCCAAUUGUUUUCAUUCUUUCUGAAGUUUUGUUUACUCAGUUUUAAGCUUUUGUAAUUUUGAUAGACUUCUUUUGUGCUUUCAUUUUCUUAAUGACUUUUACCUCAUUUUUAAAACAAAUCCAUAGUAUGGAUGAUAUUGAUGAUGAAAUGUCUUACGAUGAUCAUUUAGAGGUUUAUUUUGAACAACUGGCAAUUCCAGGAAUGAUGGAAUAAAACAUAUGAAGUAGAAGGACUGGAACCUCCAGAAAAAGUACUUUAAGUUACCUACAGGUGAUCCUAGUCAGGUAUGAAUUGAUAAGAAAUGCCUGCACCUUCCCUCCUUCCUAUCUUUCCCUUGCCUACAGAAAAUUAAAAGGCAAAACAAUGGACAUCUACAUAUUCUUCAUUCAGAUCAACCAGUGGCUAGCAUUUGCCACCUUUGCAGUUUCUUUCUCUUUCCAUAAGUACUUUCUUCUCUGAAUCAUUUGAAAGCAAAUGAAAACAGUAGCCUAAAGUGUCAGUUUCAACCAGAAAAUAACAGCUCUGAUUUCUCAUGGCUCACACUCUUCUGAAACGACUCGGGUAGAGGCUGAGGAAGGCCGUGUUGUUUGUCUACCUGGGACUACACCUACUGAAAGAAGUUCUCAAGUUCUGAUUGAGUUCUAAAAUUUUUUGAAGAUUGGAAUUCUUCAUAUGUAAAAAGAGAAGAGAAAGACAUUCUUGAUUUUGGUGACUAGAGUUGUAGAUGCUGGAAUCUUUGCCACUAACAUUGAUGAACCAGAUGCACGUCACCAGCCCAUCACGGUGAUUCUUAAUGCCGGCACCAUGGCCCGGCACUGCCACGUUUUCCAAGGAACCUGCCGGAGCUCCUGCGGAAGCUGCUCCUCGGGCCGAUGGAGUCCCUUCGCUGGUAGGCCCUUCUUCAGUCACCACAGGAUGCCUGCCAUUCAUGAGCAGGAAGGAGAGGACGGGCUUUGAAUAAAAAACAGGAUCCAGGAAACAUUUGUGAGGCCAUUUGGACUUCAGUGUGAAAUGGUGUUAAAAGAUGAAGUCAUUUAUUCAAGAAGUAAACCUCUGCCACCUGGACUGUGCUCAGUCAUUUCAUUGAUUUUGUUUAAUAAACAUUUUCUGGCUUUGG